ACAGCCUAAUCAACAGCCUGGAAAGGGUUGUUAUUGUAUGUAGUUACACUAAAAAAGCUUUUCUUCUUCAACUUUGAUUGCGGCAGUCUUGUUUCUUCAACUGGGUUUUUCCCUGUCUAUCUUACCCAGUUCAGCUUCUACUUCGUUCUAACCAUUUUAGCUCUCUUCCUGUUCCUGAGAUCUCAUUAUAUUAGAAGCUAGGCUGUAUUGCCAAUGGUGAAGAUGAAAUCGGGGAAGUGGGUGCCUAUAGUUCUAGCUAUUUUUCUCUUUGAGUUGGUAUGUCGAAGUUCAUAUGCCUCAUACAGUCCAGCUGAUAACUACCUAAUUUCUUGUGGUUCUUCACAAAAUGUUACCUAUCUAGGUAGAACUUUUCUUCCUGAUUCUGCACAAUCUUCUCGUGUGUUGAAAAGUGCCAAUUCUGUUGUUGCUAGCUCCAAUUCUAGUGUUCCAUCUCCUGUAUACCAAUCUGCUAGAAUCUUUUCAGCCACAUCUUCUUACAAGUUUGAAAUUGAGCAAAAAGGUCGGCAUUGGGUCCGGCUUUAUUUCUGUCCUCUUUCAAACUCCGGAAACAACCUGAAUUCUGCUUCAUUCACUGUAGCCACUGACCAAUUUGUGCUCUUGAGCAAUUUCACUUUCAAGAACUAUAAUGGUUCUUCUAUGUUCAAGGAGUAUGCAAUCAAUGUGACUUCUGAUACCUUUACGCUUUACUUCGUUCCCUCAAACAAUUCAGUUGCCUUUGUUAAUGCAAUUGAAGUUGUCUCCAUCCCAGAUGCACUCUUCCCUGACCAGGCAUUGGCUCUACAUCCAUCUGCCCCUUUUAGUGGUCUUUCUGAUCUUGGCUUUGAAACCAUUUAUCGGUUAAACAUGGGGGGUCCGUGGAUCUCUGCUCAAAAUGAUACCCUUGGAAGAACUUGGGAGAAUGACGAGAAAUACCUUCAUGUAGACGGCUCUGCUGUGAGAGUUUCUGUUAGUCCUUCCUCCAUUCAAUACCCAGCUUCUGUCACAAGUGAAACAGCUCCGAAUUGGGUUUAUGCCACUGCUGUAGCCAUGGGGGAUGCAAAUGUUGCUGGUACGAACUACAACAUAACCUGGGUCUUCCCUGUUGAUCCAAACUUCAGGUACUUUGUUCGGGUACAUUUCUGUGAUAUCGUGAGUGAGUCUCUGAACAAUCUAGUGUUUAAUUUAUACAUCAACGAUUAUAUUGCUAUGGGAAGUGUUGACCUCUCAAGCUUGACCAGUGGCCUGAAGGUACCCUACUACAAAGACUUUGUCUCCAACUCAUCCACAGAUUCCCAUACUUUGAAUGUUAGUGUUGGUCCAGAUAUUGCAGCAGAUAUUACUAACGCAACUAUGAACGGGUUGGAGAUUAUGAAGAUCAGUAAUGAAGCUAAAAGUUUGGAUGGGCUCUCUUCUGUUGAGGGUCUCCUUCCUAAGAAACCCUCUAAUAACAACAAACUUCGAAUUAUAAUUGGCUCGGUUGGUGGAGCUGUAGCUGCAUUGGUGCUAGUUGUUGUCUGUUAUUGUUGCUUAGUAGCCCGCAAAUCAAAGACUCCUCACCAGGGGCAUCCAUGGUUGCCUUUGCCCUUGUAUGGAAACUCUCUGACCUUGACGAAGAUGUCCACAACUUCCCAAAAGAGUGGGACAGCGAGCUGCAUUUCCUUAGCUUCCUCCAGUCUUGGCCGCUUCUUCACGAUCCAAGAAAUCCUAGAUGCAACCAAUAAAUUUGAUGAGAGCCUGCUUCUUGGGGUUGGUGGUUUUGGCAGGGUAUACAAGGGAACACUGGAAGAGGGGACUAAAGUUGCUGUCAAAAGAGGAAAUCCUAGAUCCGAACAAGGUCUCGCUGAAUUCCGAACUGAAAUUGAAAUGUUAUCUAAGCUCCGCCAUCGCCACCUUGUCUCUCUUAUUGGUUACUGUGAUGAGCGUUCAGAAAUGAUUCUUGUUUAUGAAUAUAUGGCCAAUGGCCCCCUAAGGAGCCACCUGUAUGGAACAGAUCUACCACCUCUAUCAUGGAAGCAACGACUUGAAAUAUGCAUUGGGGCUGCUAGAGGACUUCAUUAUCUUCACACUGGUGCAGCUCAAAGCAUUAUUCACCGAGAUGUGAAGACUACGAACAUUCUCUUGGAUGAGAAUUUUGUAGCGAAAGUUGCUGAUUUUGGCCUCUCAAAAACAGGUCCUUCUCUUGAUCAGACCCAUGUCAGCACUGCUGUUAAGGGUAGUUUUGGUUAUCUUGAUCCUGAAUACUUCAGAAGGCAGCAGCUUACGGAGAAAUCAGAUGUGUAUUCAUUUGGAGUAGUUUUGAUGGAAGUUCUUUGCACUAGACCAGCUUUAAAUCCUGUUUUGCCAAGGGAGCAGGUUAAUAUAGCAGAAUGGGCAAUGACCUGGCAAAAGAAGGGUAUGUUGGAUCAAAUCAUGGAUCCUAACCUCGUGGGCAAGGUGAAUCUAGCUUCUCUUAAGAAGUUUGGGGAGACAGCUGAGAAGUGCCUAGCCGAACACGGGGUUGACAGGCCAUCAAUGGGAGAUGUCUUGUGGAACCUUGAAUAUGCUUUCCAGCUCGAGGAGACCUCUUCUGCUCUCAUGGAACCUGAAGAUAACAGCACAAAUCAUAUCCCUGGUAUUCAGUUGACACCACUUGAGCCAUUUGACAACAGUGUAAGUAUGAUUGAUGGGGGGAACUCUCGCGCUGAUGAUGAUGGCGAAGAUGUUGCCACAAGUGCUGUAUUUUCACAGCUUGUAAAUCCUCGUGGAAGAUGAGAAGACGACUCCCAUGCAGCAGUGAUCUCGGCCACCCUUCCUAAUGAAAAUUUGAGUCAUGGCCUUGAGCAUUUUUUGAAAUAUCCCAAGUGAACAAUUGAAGGUUAAUUAUCACAUUUACUCUGUUCUUUUACCUCAAUUUUUUGCCCAUACAAUAUUCAGUUUGUAUUAUAGUUGAAUGAUGGGUGCCAAUUAAUCCAUCAGAUAUUGCAUGU